AUGAAUCGGCUGGCGGCGGCAGAGCCGCGCAGGAGCGCCCGACUACAGUCUAAGCGUGCCCGGGAUGCGUCCCCGCCGGCGGGCCGUUCCGUAGAGAGCGAAACAGAGGAAGGCGGUGCAUAUGAUGCCGGAGCAGAGUUUACGGGUCUUCAGCUACUCUUUUUGACACCGGAUGAACGGAUAUCCCGUUGGAGGCGUCUAUACAAGAAGAGAGCUAACAUGUCCUUGGUUUUCUAUCAUAAGAGUCACCCUGAUCGCUAUGAGUUUACACACGUGCGCUUGAACAAUGUUUUUGAUUUCAUCGAGGGCUACUUCGCCUAUUUGCACAUGAACUUCAAGGCGAGGAACGUUGCCACGGGGUCAGAGCAAAUCUUCUUUUCUGAGUUGAUGGCAGAAAUGGAUAAUAACGACAAUGCCUCCAAUGGAUAUUAUCGCGUCAGCGCAUGCGAGAUUGUUGAUGAUAACUCUGCUGGUGGCCGUAAACAAGAAGUUGAGUGUAAGUACAUCCCAGGAUAUAAGAAUGACAUGGAAAAUUGCUAUGUAUGUGCUGAGAAAAUCAAGCACCCUGUCGGAAGUACAUACAAAGGAGGCCAUUCUGUUUUGGACUAUGAUGUGGAAGAAAAUUCUACCGAAUGAACCAUACAAAACUGCAUUGAGGAAGAGUGCCGUAAGAAGAUGUGCACACGGUGUCAGAUCGUUUCGACGCCAGCUGCAUCAGAGCAGAGAACUUUGUUAUGUGUACUUGGGUCCGUCUUCCUUGUAAUCGUGAAAAAAUGAGGCCUUAAACUUUCUUUGAAUAGAGAGGUUGCCUCUAGCAUCCACAUUGAUAAAAAAAAGCAUAUUAUCUUCA